AUGCAUGAAGACAACAAGACGAUUAUUAUGGAAUUCCUGCUUGUUGGAUUUCAAAGUCUUCACAACCUGACAAUUUUAUUUUUUAUCUGUCUAUUUAUAAUGUAUAUUACAAUAUUGUUUGGGAAUUUCUUCAUUGCACUAAUAGUUUUAGCAUUUCCCCACCUCCAUACUCCAAUGUAUUUCUUUCUCAGCCAAUUAGCCUCAGCUGAGAUAGUGUUUACCACAACCAUUAUCCCGAAAUUGCUUUCUGUUAUACUGCUCAAAGGGGAUACGAUUUCUACAGUUGGAUGUGUCACUCAAUUUUAUAUGUUUUCUGUUUCCACAAAUGCAGAAUCCCUCUUCCUUACAGUGAUGUCCUAUGAUCGAUACUUAGCUAUCUGUGACCCACUGCAUUAUAGUUCCAUUAUGAACUUCAAUUUUUGUCUCUGGCUUACUAUAUUUUCUUGGUUUUAUAGUUUCUUGUCAACCUUUGUUGUAGUUGUUCAGAUUGGAAUAUUACAGUUUUGUGGCUCUAAUGUUAUUGAUCAUUAUUACUGUGAUCUCACACCCCUUCUGGAACAUUCUUGUUCUGAUACAUCCUUGAUUGAAAUGGAAAUAUUUUUAUUUUCUAUCCCAAUAGCAAUCUUUCCAUUUGUGUUCAUUGUACUAACUUAUUUACGUAUUGUCUUAGCCAUUCUCAGGAUUCCUUCUACAACUGGGAAAAAGAAAGCCUUCUCUACUUGCAGCUCACACCUGGCUGUUGUAUGCACAUAUUAUUCAACAUUAAUAACUAUAUAUGUGAUGCCAACCAAAGAAAACACUGUAAAUUUAAAUAAGUUUCUUUCACUCUUGUAUACUGUAUUAACACCGUUAUUCAACCCUAUUAUUUACAGCCUACGAAAUAAAGAAAUAAGGGCCAUUUUAGAAAAAAAUAUUUUUAGAAAAGUAUUUCUAAAAUAG